AUUGAGCUCUCAUACAUGUCCAUCUGCCUCAACCUUCCCCAUCAGUCUUCUUCCCUCUUUUGCUUCAUUCCCGUUGCUCUCUCCACUGUUGCUGCUUAUUGAAUCCGAAUGAUGAUUCCCUGAACGGUUUGGCUGGAUCUUGGACGAGGCUUGUCUGAUGGUCUGGGUGCACAUGCACCCACUAUUUUUUUUGUAUUUUCAUUUUUUUUUUGAAACUUUUGUAUUUUCAUAUUUUUCUAAGACAAAGUUACAUAAUAGUUAAGUUACAAAAAGAAGAAGUUACAUAAUAGUUAGAUAAUUGUGAAAAAACUCCUACCCAUUAAUUAUUUUUCGUUUACCAAAUAUUUCAAUGAGUUUUGAAAUGAUAAAAUCCAAAUUUAUUCCUCUGAAUAUAGAUCACUCGAACCAUCAUUUUUACGAUAAGUCGAUCGUUUUGUGCAACGUGGUUGCAUGCACCAAUUUUUUUUUUUUAAACUAGCUUCUGCAUGCACCAAAUUUUAGCAAAAAAAAAACGUGGUUGCAUGCAGCAUGCUUCAUGUGAAAAGUUUAUUUUUUUGAUAAAAGAAAAAAGAUUCAUGUGAAAGUUUAUUGCAUAGACUCUUGCUUUCUUCUUCUGUUUAAGACGGAUCAGCUUAUAACAAUAUCCAUUGUUGAUUAUUAUAAUAUGAUCCAAUGAUAAUACACAUGUACUAUAUAUUACAAAAAAAUAAUAAUAAUACACAUGUACUAUAAUAAUAUCGACAGCAAUGCGACAUCGUUACAUAUUUAUAUCAUAUCCAGCUUUAGUCGACAUUGUCACAUUUCGUCAUUUUAACAAAUUAUCUGUACACAAGAUAAAUUUGCUAUAUUUUGUAGUAGUUACGAUUUUGUGCAUAAAAAAAGUAGUAGUUACGAUUUUGGAACUAGAAAUCGAUUUCAAAACCAUCUUGUAAUAUUGGGAAACGAUUUGUUGUAAGUUAGUUGAUAAAUAUAUUAAGGUUCGGAUAUGUUGAUAAAUAUAUGCCGAGCUUAUAACGAUUUUCCUAAUCAUAAUUAGCUUCCUAAUAAGAAGCUUCGAACCUAACAAACUCCAGGUUAAUUUCACCCUUUUUUACAAAAUUAAUCGACUCGUUCCGAAGAUUAACAAAACUUGAGGGACCUUAUUUACAAUUAUUUAAUAAUAAAAUAAGAUUUUAUUGAAAAGUGUAUAAAUCAGAGGACUUUUGUCUGUUAUAAUUUGACUUGAUUGACUCCUAAGCGUUAGGGUUCGGUUCCUUCUUCUUCCUUUUGUCAAACGUUUUCUCAAUCAUCCCCUUGACUACACAUCGCCAAAUCCUCCUUCAUUGGCUGUGCUCAUCCCCAACGAAUCCAACAUUCUCCGAGCUUCGAUUUCCUCCUGUGCUGGAAACAGUCAUCUCCUCUUGAUGCAGUUUUGAUUCUACAACGCCUUUGGAGUUUAUUCGAUUUCAUUUAAAUUUGAAAAACUUGCGCCAAAUCAAAUGAUGCAUUCAGGCUACAAAAAGCUUCUGCUGCUUCUAUUCUUAUUCAUCGCUAUAUUCAUUAAGAACACUAACGGAGACACUCAGGAGGAGAUCUCGCAUAAAGCAAGAGCUUCUCCUGAUGGAAACACUGGAAGAAACGUUAUAGACGGAAGCGGUGUUGAGAAAGCCUUACAUGACAUUGGAAUGGGUGAGAAGAGAGGCAGCAGUCACAGCAAAGUCUCAGUCUCAACAGUUGUAUUGUUCACCUUGGCAAUGGCUGCCGCCACUGGGCUAGGCGCAGUGCCCUUCUUCUUUGUUGAGCUCGAUCCUCAGUGGGCUGGAAUAUGCAAUGGCAUGGCUGCUGGUGUGAUGUUGGCCGCUAGCUUUGAUCUUGUAAAGGAGGGGCAAGUGCAUGGUUCUGGAAACUGGGUUGUUACUGGGAUUCUAGCCGGUGGGUUGUUCAUUUGGCUCUGCAAGCAGUUUCUUGAACAAUACGGUGAGGUUAGCAUGCUGGAUAUCAAAGGAGCAGACGCAGCGAAAGUUGUUCUCGUUAUAGGGAUCAUGACACUUCAUUCUUUCGGGGAGGGGUCAGGGGUUGGUGUAUCGUUCGCUGGCUCAAAGGGUUUCAGCCAAGGGCUUCUGAUCACAUUGGCAAUAGCCGUUCAUAAUAUUCCAGAAGGAUUGGCUGUUAGCAUGGUGCUGACGUCAAGAGGCGUCUCUCCACAAAACGCCAUGCUCUGGAGUAUAAUCACAUCUUUGCCUCAGCCUCUCGUUGCUGUGCCAGCUUUUUUAUGUGCUGAUGCAUUUAGCAAGUUCUUGCCCUUUUGUACUGGAUUUGCCGCUGGGUGUAUGGUCUGGAUGGUUAUUGCUGAAGUGCUUCCUGAUGCAUUCAAGGAAGCAUCUCCAUCUCAAGUAGCAUCUGCAGCCACGAUAUCAGUAGCAUCCAUGGAAGCUUUUAGCACUCUUUUCGAGAGUUUCACACAUGAUUACAACUCGGAGGAUGCUUCUGGCUUCUUCGUUUCACUCCUCUUUGGUCUAGGCCCAUUGCUUGGGGGAGGGUUUCUGGUUGCAUCGGCACUCACCUUCCGUCUCCAGCACGCUCUCCUCAUGGGAGUAGCCUCAGGCAUUGCCUUUGUCCUCGGUCUCUGGCGUCCGCUUCAACUACUGCUCUCUGCAAAAGUGGGACUCAUCCCUCUGGUUACUCUACUCGCGUUUGGAGCCGGGCUGAGCCAUGUCACUAGCUCAACCAUCCUGAACAUUACUUCUCGGAAGAAGUCUCGAGCUGGCAGUUUAAUCUCUCCAGUAACUAAUUUUCCAACGAGUAUGAUAACACUUCAAUCAUUAUUAGCGUGUGGAGCGGUUGGUUUCCACGCAUUAGCCGAGGGGCUCGCUCUUGGAGUGGCUGCUCCAAAGGCGUAUGGGCUAGGCAGACACAUGGUGCUCCCAGUUUCCUUACACGGGCUGCCAAGAGGGACAGCGGUUGCAAGCUGCGUUUUCGGUGCUACAGAUAGCUGGCACGCAGCUCUUGCGGCGGCUGCUUUGAUUGGGUUUGUGGGACCUGUGUCAGCCAUAGGGUCUAUACUAGCCGGGAUAGAUUACAGUGGGCUUGAUCAUGUGAUGAUGGUGGCGUGCGGUGGAUUACUGCCUAGCUUCUGGCAGGUGGUGAAGAGAGCGGUGAAGUUAGAGAGAAAGAAGGGGAGUGUGGGGAUGGUGCUGGGAGUAGCGUGUGCGGUUGUGUGUCUGACUUUUACUAGACUGGUGUGCUUGCAUACGCCUUAUUGCAACUCUGCACCUGAGGCUGUUAGGUGAAUGAUUCUUGAAAGCAAGAGCCACCUCUUGUGAACUCUCUUUUUUCUUUUCUUUUUAUGUUGUAAGAUAUAUCUUUUCUUUGUGAAUAAACGAACUCAUUAGUUUUAUUUGGCAGAAUGAACCAUUAACAUUUACGUUUUUGUGCAAGUAAACCAUUGAAUCUAUAGAUAUUAUGAGCAACAUUUUAUUUGUCAA